UGAAAAAAUCUUAUAUUCCUACAACUACAAGUCCUCACUGAAAAAUUUGUACUUUACUCUUUGAUGUUCAAAAUAUACGCUUUAUCCUCCUAAAUUUUAGAAAAUUCUGCAAAUUAACCUUUGAAGAUUGAAAUUUUCAAUUUUCCUACUAUAUUAUAAGAUUUUGAUAGUAUCAAAUGUUAACUUGAGAGAAACCCAAACUAUUUGAAAAAGGUUUCAUUUUGUUCGAAAAAUGUGCAUGAGAAUCUGCUAAGCUUCUUCAGUGUGUCACAAUUCACCACGUGCGCGCCACCGUAGUUCCUAGCGUAUCUUAGGUUUUCUACUACGAUGAAUUAUGGAUUGUUAUGCUCAAUUUUUGAGAGUGUUUCGUUUGGUGUGAUAAUGCAGAGUAGUGAUGAAUUGAUGAUCAUGGCUGUUAAGUAGGUGAGAGUUGAGACUCUCCCCUCAAAUCAAUGGUAGUUGAGGCUCAAGUUCCUCUACUUGAGUGUGUAAUGAACGUUGUGAAUGAAGAUUAUCCAGGUUCAGUAGUUGAUGAACAUUGUGAAAUGAAGAAGCAGUGGAAUCAGAAACUCCAAUCUCCCUCAGGGGACAACUUGGUAUCAGUAGGGGAACUUUGGACUGAUGGACUAAUCUGUGCCUUUGAGUUCAUCAAGGGAGUUAGAGAUGUGGCAAAGAAAAGAUUUGAAGGAAGAAAGUUUAGUAGGAAUGGCUGUGUUGAUUCACCCCCAACUUUGCUAGAUCAAUCUGGAACUGGUGGUCUUGAUGAUGGUUUAGAUGAUUAUCACCAAUCACCUCAUCAAUUCAUUGGCAAAGAGGGUCUUCCUAGAAGUUACUGGAGGCCAAUUGGUUGGUCUAGGAUCUCCGAACUUGUGCAGGCAGUGCGAACUGAUGAUGGUUGGGCCUCACAGCUGCUUGAUUUCACAGAUGAUGAGAUUGAUGUUGCUGUUGCUGAUGUUGCAACUCCUUACUGGGAAAGGCCUGUUGGUCCAACAUGGUGGUGUCAUUUGGAUGCAAGCCAUCCAUUUGUUGUUACAUGGUUGGGUAAUUCUCAUUGGUUACAUCCUGCUAUUAGCAUAGCUUUGAAAGAUGAAAGUAGAUUAAUAAGUGAACGAAUGAAGCACCUUUUAUAUGAGGUUCCAGUCCGAGUCGCUGGCGGUCUGCUAUUUGAACUUCUGGGGCAGUCAGCUGGUGAUCCUUUAGCAGAGGAAGAUGACAUACCUGUUGUACUCCGAUCAUGGCAGGCGCAAAACUUUUUAGUUACAGCCAUGCAUGUAAAGGGUUCUGCAUCAAACAUAAAUGUAUUAGGCAUUCUAGAAGUUCAGGAGCUGCUUGCUGCUGGAGGUGCUAACAUUCCGCGCACCAUUCAUGAAGUUGUAGCACACUUAGCUUGCCAUCUUGCACGAUGGGACGAUAGGUUGUGGCGUAAACACAUCUUUGGGGCUGCAGAUGAAGUUGAGUUGAUGUUUAUGAACAGGAGAAACCAUGAGGAUUUACAUCUAUUCACAAUAAUAUUGAACCAGGAAAUUAGAAGAUUAUCGACCCAGGUUAUAAGAGUGAAAUGGUCGCUCCAUGCGCGAGAGGAAAUUGUUUUUGAACUUCUUCAACAGUUGAGAGGGAAUACAACAAGAGCCUUGCUGGAAGGAGUAAGAAAGAGUACUAGGCAAAUGAUUGAGGAGCAAGAAGCAGUUCGAGGACGGUUGUUCACCAUACAAGAUGUCCUGCAAAGCACAGUCCGUGCAUGGUUGCAGGAUAAAAGCCUCACAGUUACGCAUAACCUUGGAAUAUUUGGGGGUUGUGGCCUUGUUCUUUCCAUCAUCACCGGACUAUUUGGUAUAAACGUUGACGGAAUACCUGGAGCCGAAGGAACUCCUUAUGCGUUUGGUCUAUUCUCUGCCGUCUUGUUUGUGUUGGGAGCUAUACUUAUUGGAAUAGGAUUGGUUUAUCUCGGUUUGAAGAAACCCAUAAUGCAAGAAAAUGUUGCAGUGAGAAAGCUGGAGCUUGAAGAGCUGGUCAGGAUGUUUCAACAUGAAGCAGAAACUCAUGCUCAAGUGCGAAAAACAGGUCCUCAGAUGGAUGUUCCACCAACUGCAGAAGUUAGGGGGGCACCAAGUGGUGCAAAUAAUCGCUCUGUUUUCUCAAGUUGGAUGAACAUUUGCUUCUUGCUUGCUAAUGCUAGCAUUAGUCUCCAACUGUAUCUGAAUGCACCAUGUUGUCUUCACUAUGCAUGAGUCCCUUCUCCAGCAAAGGAGAAGAAGCACAUUCACCACCAAGC